AAGGAAAAGUAAGAAAUAGCUUAACCACCAUAGGUUAGGUCUUACUAUAGCCUAUAAAUAUCUUUUCCCAUUAACCUUCCCAAGCUUCAAAAACAGCUGUCACACAGAGAAAACAUAUGAAAAAUGUUUCUUUUCUUGAAAUCUUCGUCAAGAUCAGUGCAUGAGGAACAUCAAGAACAGGUGGAGUACUUAUCCAAGAGUACCCAAGGCCCCUGCACAUCACUAACAGUGUGGAGAAAAUCACUUAUAGUUAACUGUAAUGGGUUUACCGUGAUUGAUUCCGAUGGAAAUCUUGUUUAUCGAGUCGACAACUACAUGGGACGCCCCAAGGAACUCAUUCUUAUGGACGGCUCUGGAAAGUCCAUCCUGACAAUGCGACGUGGCAAGAACCUUGGACUGGUAGAUACCUGGCUUGUCUAUCGAGGGGAGGUAGAUGACUAUUGUACAUCAUCAACACCAUCAGAAAAGCCCAUUUUCUAUGUAAGGAAGAGAAUUAACAUCUUACAUGCCAACCCUAAUGUGCUAGCAUAUGUAUAUCGCCGGUCGUCAGACAAAAGGUAUGCUUAUAUGAUUGAAGGAUCGUAUUCACAGAGAUCAUGUAAAGUGCUAGAUGAGACAAAGAGGGUGGUGGCAGAGAUCAGGAGAAAGGAUGCAAUUAUUGGGGGCAUUUCUUUAGGCCUAGAUGUUUUUCUGUUGAGAGUACAGGCAGGACUUGAUCCUGGAUUUGCAAUGGCUCUGGUUCUUUUGCUGGAUCGAAUGUUUUCUUAGGUUUCCAAUUCUUUGUUAGGUGUAUUUACUUAUUUAUUUUUAUGAGAACUAAUCAUAUGCUUGUUUUCAAGCCGAAGCUACCUUUGUAAUGAUCUGCUAAUACAGCGUCAAGUUCCAUGUAAAUAUACAUAAAUAUGGACUUAACAGAGAAAGCAAUGAAUUAAAGUCGAUUGAAGCCUUUUGCCAUUUAA